AAUUCUCCUAUACCCCAGUGUGCGGUCAUAUUGUUUGCAUUUAAAAAAAAAAGAUUCCACGAAACCAUUCGAAUUUUUCGGGAGUUUCACAGUUUAAUUGCUUGUGUAUACAGGUUAGGAGUUUAACGAUAAAGCACGAUCAUGGCCUGGGUUCCCAACUCGCGUUUCGAGGACGAUCUGGUGGACAUGGAGCCGGGCUUUAACCUGAUCCACGGCCAGUUGGCCUACGAGGCCAAGAGGAAACAGGAGUUCUGCCCGCGUCCCAAGACCACCUACGAAUAUCUGGCCGCUAGGAAAAAGCGCAACUCGGAGCAGGCCAAAGUCAAUGGAAGCCCAGGCGGGAAGGGCAGGGAGAUCCGGGAAAGCCUCCAGAUGAUGGAGAAAAUCCAGAAAAUAGCGGGCACCAAGCCGCUCGGCGAGCACGCCACCAUGGCCGACUGGGAGGACAACAGCACAGCGGAGGUGGAGUUGAUAGCCAUCAUGCGGCACUUUGGCAUGUCGUCCAUGGCCGAGGACUCGUUGCCCGUCCUGCCCGAGAUCAAACCCCCCGAAGGACCCAUCCACGUCAUAAGAAACGGCCGCCGGAGUUUUCCCCUCAUCACAGAUCCCGAAUUCUUCAGAGCAUGUAAACCGCGGCAGCGUAAACAACCCAGCAGUGCCAACGAUUCCAUCAGCGAUUCCUUUCACACAGCCGAAGGUUCGAGCAGCUCCAUUAGCCUGUACGGAUCUGCCCAUUCCCAUUUGGAAAUUAGCCACAAGACUCCGGAAACACCGAAGACCAAGAAGCCGGAGCGGGAGGAUAACUUGGAAAUUCCCUAUCAACCGCUGGAAGAGAGUUUCGACCAGGAGCAGCAGAACUUUGCCAAGGCGAGUCCUUCCACGUCAGAAAAAACCUAUGGGAGAAGGAACAAAAGGAGGCCCAGCCAAAAAGAGAGAGCCCGGGAGCAAUACGAAGCCUGGAAUCCAAACCAAUGAACCACCAAGCAAUAUUUAUCUAGAUCGAAAAAGUUUUUGUAUAAAAAUAGCAUCUUGCUACUUUUAUAAAAAGGUUUUAAUUUUUUGAUUUAGGUACACUUGCUACUGAAAUUUUAAAAUCAAAAUCAAUUAUAGAAUCGAGUGAAAGCAUUUAAAAUGAAAUUCCUUUGAAAUUAGAUAACUUUGGUUUGGAACACCAUCUACAAUAUUGGGCCCUAGCAUAUGGAUGCCUCUCCACGACAUCAUAGGAUAAACCAAAUAUUUAUUUUAUUUUAACCCAUGAAACUCAGUUAUUUUUUAGAAACUGCAUUUCGACUAUAGCGUUAUUAUAAUUCUACAAAUAGUAUAUUAAGAAAAAGGAAAUUCCCCUUUGUGAGAAUGUUCAGCAAAGACUGUUUCUGUUAUUGCUAGAUUCCUUGAAUUGCAAACACAAAGAGUUUCUAUGCCUCAGCAAUUUGAGGAAAUUCACCUUGUAAACUUACAAUAAAUCCUUUAUUAACCGGAAUAAUUACGAGGUAGAAAGUAUAUAAUAAUAGAGGUAAACUAUAGCUUUGAUGCAAUAUCAAAAUUUAUUAAAAUUUUGUAAAAGGCUCCACUUCUUCCGUACUCUCCUAGGGUAUUUCCGAAACUGUGAAUGUUUUCGAGGGUCAACGAAGGUCUGGCUUGCAAGUGCUGUAACUUACGCUGGAUUACAGGUCGAUGGCACUGUCACAGUUGUAUGGAUGCACCUGACGGAUGUCGUCUUCGUAGCUGACCACUCUGCAGAUGGGGCACCGAUUGGACUGCCGCCAGCAGGUGCGGAUGCACAUCUCGCCGAAAAGGUGGCCGCAUUUAAGCGCAAUCAGCCUGUGGUGGCCUUUCGCACUCCAGUGCAGCAGGCAGAUGCAGCAGCUAUUCUCCUGGUCGACCGUCUCCAGCUUCUUCCGCAAUUCGCUCGUCGCCCCAUCGAUGGCUUCUUUAUUGGCCUUAACCCGUUGGCGCAGCAGCUCAGUCCUCUGCAUCUCCUCCUGCAGUUGCUUAGACAGCUCUUUGUCCUGCUUUCGCAGCUCGCUGAGUGUGGGAACUUUGCCGCCAUCCCCCAUCAGUUCCUGGUCCAUUUGUGCCCCCCGUUUUCUUUGCUCCAGGAUCUCUUCCGCGACCUCCUUCUUUAGCAUCCUCAUGGUGGAGCGCGGCUUGGGCUUCUGAUUCAUUUUAUAAAUAUAAAAAUAAAUAGCAAGGGGAAUAACAAGUCUCUGGACAAAUCAGCGUGGAAAAGGCAAAUGUUAUGACGUCUGUCCUGUCAGAAUUGAAGUUUUACGUGUGGUCUGCCAUGAUUAAGAGUGUUUUAAAAGAUUAGCUCUAGUAAUUACAUUACAUUAAAAAGUGGCAGGAGUUUACCAACACCAGAUUGUCAAAGCAUAGAGCUGUCAAGUUCCUGACAUAUAAUUCUGCCCUCUGAACUAUAACUUGGCAGUAAAAUUCGGGAAUUUUCCUUUUAACAAGAAGCAAAAUGGAAAAGAAGGAUAUUUCGAAGAUGCUGAGGAGGGAGCUUAUCUUGGAGCUCCACAAGGCGAGGGCAGAGAACACAAAGAAGGAGGAGCUGAUCCAGGCCAGAAGCCACCUGGUUAGCCUGCGCAAUCAAGUGCAGGAGGAGAAGAGGAAGUGUGAGGAGCUGGAACAGAAGCUAGCGAUCCAGGACAAGGAUUUGCAGCCCUUCAUCGACAGGGAGAACCAGAACCUAUUGGCCAAACUGGAGAAGAUAUACGAGGGAAACAAAUGUAGCUUCUGCAAGCUGAAGUUCCAUUCGGAGACCCAUCGCCGAGCUAUUUUAAAAUGCGGACACGUAUUCGGCGAAAUGUGCAUUCAUACCUACUUGAUACUGCACAAGAACUGCCCCGUCUGCGAUUUUCCUGCAGUUUUAUGGGAUGUUCGUAUUAUUAUAGCAGGCGAAAACCUUUGCACAGCGAACUACUUUUCCUCGUAACUUUAUGAAAGAAAAAUAAAUACUUGAUGUCAA